AUGCUGUUCCAACUCCUUCUCGGCCUUGUCGGCCUAUACCUGGUCAGAAUAUUCCUAGCCAGAAAGAAAUCCAACCUGCCUCUCCCGCCAGGCCCCAAACCCAAGCCGUUUGUCGGAAACCUGGAUGAAAUGCCCGCGCAGGGCGUGCCACAAUGGCGACACUGGCUCAGACAUAAGGAGCUAUACGGUCCAAUCAGUUCCAUCACAGUCUUCGGCCAACCGAUCAUCAUUCUCAACGAAGCGCGUCUCGCCACCGAGAUCCUGGAUAAGAGAUCUGCAAUUUACUCGGCCCGCCCCGAGCAGCCUUUCAUGGCAAUGACGGGGUGGGAUAAAACCAUGGCGACCGUGGAGAAUACACACCACUACGCAAAAAUGCGCAAGGCAUUGCAUCAGGAAAUCGGGACCAAAAGAGCCUUCUCCCGCUUCGAUCGCAUGAUGGAGGUGGAGAUUAGUCGGUUCCUGCUGAGGCUGCUGGAAAGCCCGGAAGAGUUCCGGGGGCAUCUGAAGAGGGAAUCUUUCUCUUUCAUUCUCAAGAUGACCUACGGAUAUAAUGUCGAGCCGGAGGGAAGUGAUCCCUUCGUGGACCUGGCGGAGAAGGGCGUCGACCAGAUCUGUCAGGCGAUGCUUCCGGGGACUUGGCUGGUUGAUUAUGUGCCAAUUCUGAGAUACCUCCCGCCCUGGUUUCCAGGUGCUGGAUUCGUUCGCAUCGCCAAAGAAUACCGCAAGCACGCAGCGGCCUUCCUGGACAUCCCCUACAUGUUUGUGAGGCAGAGAAUGGCCCAGGGGGACUGCACCUCAUCAUACAUGUCGAAUCAACUGCGGGAAUCCAAGCCGGAGCCGGGGUCAGAAGAGGAGACGGUUUUGAAAUGGUCUGGCGUUGAGUUUUACCUCGGGGGGUCAGAUACCGUACGUUUGUCGACAAUCCUGAGCUUCUUCCUCGCAAUGAGCCUGAACCCAGAAGUGCAAAGAAAGGCACAAGAUGAGAUCGAUCGCGUCGUCGGAACAUCCCGUCUCCCUGGACACGAGGAUCGCGAUAGCCUGCCAUACAUAAACGCACUCGUGAAGGAAGCGCUGCGUUGGCAUCCAGCCCUCCCCACCGCAUCGCCGCACAUGCUCAUCAAGGAUGACACGUAUAAAGGCUACUACUUCCCGAAAGGAUCGGUAUUCCUGCCUAAUAUCUGGGCAUACGCACACGACCCUGACGUAUACCCCAACCCAAUGGAAUUCAGGCCCGAGCGCUUCCUAUCCAUUGACGGCUCUACGCCGGAGACGGAUCCAUCCACAUUUGUUUUUGGAUUUGGAAGGCGCGCUUGUCCGGGACAGGUGAUGACGGACUUCAAGGUCUAUCUUACAAUUGUACGCAUCCUGGUGGGGUUUAACAUCACCCCGAAGACCGGUCAUGCAACGGUGGAUCUCGAGAAUGCUUUUAUCCCUGCUAUCCUGAGCCACCCCAAGCCCUUUGAUGUUAAGAUUACACCUCGGUCCCCGGCGCAUGAAAGGCUCAUCCGGACUGCGGGAGCAAAUGCGCCAUGGGAGAGAAGUCACGCAGAGGAGUUCAAAAGAGCCAUGCGCAGUCAUUCCCAAAUGAUGGCUACCGCGGAGGGUUGA